GUGUAUCGCGUGUGUGUGUGGUUCCUAAGCACGCGCAAAGAAAAGCGCGAAUAAACUUUGGAACGGGGCCAUGGCUCGCAUGGACGACUUUGCUGAAAGAGUCGCUUCACUUUGCUACUUGGUAUACGAUGGCCUUCCAAAAACAGGAAAGCCUUCCAGAGAUUGCGAGUGGACGCUGCUGUCUGCGUUGUUAUUGCAGAACGUCAACCAAGAUACAUUACAGAUUGUGUCAUUUGCAACUGGUACAAAAAGCAUACCCACAGAGCAUGCUUCCAAACUUGGCAGCCAGAUAAUCGACAGUCAUGCGGAAGUGUUAGCCCGGAGGUGCUUUCUCAGGUUUGUGUACUCUGAACUUCUGAAGUUGGCUCGUGGGGAAGAUUCAUCUGUUUUCGAAACUACAGACUCAUCUGUAUUUGAAUGUCGAUUGAAACCAGGAUUGAAGAUUCACCUCUUCUCAAGUCAUACUCCAUGUGGUGAUGCUUCCAUUUUUCCAAAAAGUGGAGAUGAAUCAUCUGCAGACACAGUUGAAAAUGUAGAAUAUGGUGAAACAGCUUCAAAACGACCCAGAUUGGACCCUGAUAUAUAUAGGACUGGUGCCAAGUGUGUGCCAGGUGUGGCCCAGGACAAGAAACUGCCUGGUGCAGACUACCACCAACUGGGUGUGACUCGAACCAAGCCUGGCAGGGGUGAUAAAUCUCUCUCCAUGUCAUGUAGUGAUAAAAUGGCCAAAUGGCGUUGCUGUGGCCUUGAGGGGGCACUGCUAUCCCAUUUUAUGGCAAGCAAUAAACCGCUGCGUCUGUCCUCUGUGAUUGUUGCAGGGUGUCCGUACAGUGAAGAUGCAAUGCGACGAGCACUUGAUGAGAGGCUGUCAGUUUCAGAUGAGGUUCCAGCCCUUGAGUUUCACUACAGUAUGAAGAUGUUUUGCCAUUCCCGCCUUAAGGCAGUUAAAAACAAUGCCGAUACUGCCAUUCCAUGUGCUUCAAGUGUUAUGUGGUGGCUGGGAUCGGACAAGCCAGUAUAUGUAGGAGUGAACGGCUACAAGCAAGGAGUCACUCGCAAGAACCUUUGCAAACCAAUGGCUAGGUUACCAGUUUGUAGGAGCGAACUGUUUAAGCUGUUCCACAAGCUGAAGCAUCAAAUCUCACCAGGAAAUCUACCCGAGACUCUCAGAUCUGCUCAACGGACUCAAGUUUUGAUGCCUCCUGAAAUUCGCCAAGCGACAUUUCUAAAAAGUCCACGAUUGCCGUAUCAUCAGCACGAUCGUAAUCUUUGAUAUGUGCAUACACAUGACGCUUUGCUCGAAAGCCGGUAUCAAAAAAUACGUCAACCGCAACCAUUCUGUGGUUUGAUAUGCUGUCUUCAACUGAUACGGCAUAAUCAGUCACUCUACUCGAUAUGAAAACCAAGUCUAACAAUGACUGUGACGUGGGGGAACUCGUGUAUAAUCUUUUACAACUUGUGUGAGGUUAUGAGAAAACAUCAGCUCUAAUAACCUAUCAGCACCACGGGUUUCUGCAUGACCAGUUGAAAAGCUUAUACAAUUUAUAAGCGCUAAAUUAAAGUCACCAGCCAUUAUCA